CAGAUAGUCGCUCGUUAUAUUAACUCCCUCUGGAUAAUAAAAUUGAAAGUAUACUCAAUGAAAUCAAUAACUAUUUUAUUGUUUUUGAUCUUGCAGCUACUCUGUGUAACUGCAGCUCCAACCUCUCUUUUGAAACCAUCCCAAGAUAGUUGGUAUAAUUUACCUAAAAAUUUUGAAGAUGCUCAACCAGGUGAUAUCUUGAAAUGGAGAAAAACUCCUGCCCCUAUCGACUCUCCUUUCUUUACUUUGAAUAUUAGAAACUCCUGGCAACAAAUGGUAAGAUCUACCGAUUCUUUAGGAAACCCAACUGUUGCAGUCUCAACCAUCAUGCAACCUUAUAAUGCUGAUCCUUCUACUUUAGUCUCUUACAACCCCAUUGAAGAUGCUGUCAAUAUUGACUGUAGUCCUUCGUAUGCUUAUUUGGAUGGUGCUGACAACUCUACUGCCACUACUCAAUCUGAAAUGUAUAUCAUUCAAUUGGUUUUAAAUCAAGGUUGGAAUGUAAUUGUUCCAGAUUGGGAAGGCCCUAAAAGUGCUUACGUUGCUGCUGAACUUAGUGCUUACCAAACUCUUGAUCUGAUAAGAGGUGCUUUACAAACUAAAAAUAUUACUGAAAUUAAUUCUGGUGCUAAAGUAGCCAUGUGGGGUUACUCUGGUGGUACCAUUGGUCCACUUUGGGCUUCUGCUUUACAAUCUAGAUACGCUCCAGACUUAAAUGAUAAUUUCAUUGGUGUUGCAGUAGGUGGUACUGUAACCAAUGUCACCGAUACUGCUGUUUUGUUAGAUGGUAAUGCUAGUGCAGGCCAAGUUGCUGCUGCGUUAGGUGGUGCUGGUGAACAGUAUCCAAGCUUCAAAACUCAAUUAUUUAAAAGUAUGAAUCCUGAUAAAGUUGACAAAUUCAAUAAAAUCUAUAAAACUUGUUUGGAUGAUUCCCAUGAAGUAUUCUUGAAUGACAACUUCUUUAGUGGUGAAGAUAAAUAUUUCCCAGAAGGUUGGGAAUUCUUACAAAUCCCAGCAAUCAGAGAUGUUUUAGAUGCUAAUACUUUGGCCAUUAAUAAAUCAGAUGAUAUUCCUCAGUUCCCAAUUUUCUUUUAUCAUGGUCAAAAAGACAUUACUGUUCAUAUUGAUACCGUAGAACGGGUUUUCAAUAACUGGUGUUCUUGGACUGAUACUCCAAUUGGAAAUAAGGAUAAUACUACUUAUACUACUAAAAAACGUGGAUUAUCUUUAGAGUUUGCAAUUGAUCAAAACAACGACCAUUAUCAACAAGCUAAACAAGGUAUUCCUGCUGCUUUCGCCUGGUUAGAUAAAAGAUUCAAAGGUGAACCUCACGUUGAUGGCUGUAGCAGAAUUGAAAGGAAAAGUAACCUUUUAUAUCCUGGGGUGGCUAAAGGUGUUAUUGAAUUCGUUGAAGCUGCUGCUAAGACUUUGGUUGGAGCUAGAAUCGGUCCAACCAAUUCUAUCUUUGACUUAUUUGCUAAUGGUAUGGAAAACUUACCCGAACUCAAUCUUGACCUUGAUCUUAAUCUCGAUCUUAAUAUCUCGCUUUGAGUCUAAUUGCUUACUUUUAUGCCAUGUUACAAUCUUAUUCUCACCUCUUUGCGCUCGAUAUAGAACUCUCCUAAACAGCUUUGUAUACUAAUUUUUUUUUAUAUUUAUUCAACCA